AGUUGCUCUUGCGGCAUGUUAGCAUCACAUGACUGCUAUGGGUCACGUGACAUUGUUUUGUAUUAAGCCGCUGUUCGCUGCAGACUCUGGAGUCUGGAGUAGUAGCUAGUAAAGGUUGAAAUGGCAAGAAACGAGGAGAAACAACAAGGGAAAUUGAACAGACUAUGGCUUCAGAAAGAGAGAGAGGAGGGACGCAUCAAAGAUGUCCACGAGCGGAGACCCAAGCUGUCUACUCUUAAUUCAACUUCCUCUGUGAAAAAGUGGAUCCCCGGCAUCAAGAAUGAAAUAGAAUAUUAUUUGCAACAAUCCCAGCUGUCUCAUUACCCAGAGAGGAAGAUAGCCGAGUUCCAACUGCACAUUGAGGCUUUAGAAAAAGAGUACAAAAGCUUCAUUGCCAAACUACGAGUUCUGGACCCCACCUGCAAACAUAAGCCAUGGACUCCUCGAGCAUACUGCAAACGAAGAGCAGAGACACAAGACUCUCCAAAUAUCGUUAAGAACCCUCGGCCCUGUGAGUCAUAUGAUGGUAGCAGUCAGUUAAGUGGAAGUGAGAGUGACUUGGCCCGCAAUUGGACAGGAUGUCACAAAACCUCAGCCCCUGAGAGAAGUUCAGCGACCAGGUUUCAAACCCCUGUCCCCACCAAGCCAAACUCCGAAACCUCAGAGGACGUCUGUGCAGACCAGGACCAGCCCCUCUCCUUCGACCAUACAAGGCUGGCGGUGGCCACUGCUGCGUUCAGAGGAUCGUCAGUUCAGCGAGGCUCCUCUCAAACACAGAGCCUAGCCAGAGUGCUGCAGUCUGGCCUGCCAAACCUCGUUAACGCUUCAUUAAGGCAAACAUUUUCAACCCAGAGCGGAGACACACAGAAUGAUGGCGGUGCAGCGAUGGGAUCUGUCGUUGGACAGAAAAGUGUCGUCCGAGACUGUGAAGCAACAGAAAUGGUACCUGGGAAAUCAUCCAUCACUGGGACAACAGAGGAGAGGAUGGGUCAUGUACUGGGACUAGACUGUUACUCUUCUUCUGAUGAGGAGUGUGACACGUGACGUUUUUACGUGAUCAUGACAUUUUACAAUGAAGUAUUUUAUGAAACAUCUUGAGUGCUCUGGGUUCAUUCAAAGGCUUCCUUUCCUUUAGCUAAAUUGAACUGAACUGAAUUGAAAAUGACUAGGACUGCAUCACGGCGAUACCUCGACAUGUAAUUGGUAUACAGAAAAUCUGAAUAUUAAAGCCCCGCUCACAACA